AUGAGAUUAUUAAUUUUUAAGUUAAUCAGUUGUGUGUUUUUUACAACAGAAAAAGGAUUCUUAACAAUAAAUGAUCGUGGUAUUCUCACUGUUGAUUCAAAUGAAAAAAAUGCAGGAAAUUUUGAAUUUAUUCAUCUAAAUAGAGAUCAAUCAACUUCUUUUAAACUAAAAUUUGGUAAAAAUUUUAUUGUGAAAAAGAAAGGAAAAAAUAACUAUUUUUAUUUAAGCUCAGAUAGUGGAAAAAAUGAUUUUUUUACUAUGAAAUUAGUUCCAACAAACAGUGGUAAUAAAUUCCAUAUCAAUCAUAAUGGUGAGUGUUUAAGUUUAUUAAAGAAUGGUUAUAAUCAAACUGUUACUAGGAAUGAUUGUGGUGAUGAUAAUGUAUUGUUGUUUAAUUAUCAUAAAGUAAUUGGACAUGAACCUCAAAUUAUUAGUUAA